AUGCAGCUCUCUACUCUCAUCGGCGCCUCAUUCUUGGCUGUUGCUUCCGCUCAGAAUACCUCCUACGCACCUAUCAACCUUGGCUAUUACUAUUUCCCCCGCGGAAACUUUUUCGUUGCUUGGUCUCCGUUUACACCGACCAAGACUCAGGAGGUUGUAGACACCUGUCUGGCCCGUGGUGCUGUUCAGGGAACUGCAACAUGGUCCACCAUUCGGGAACGACACAGCGGCUAUGUUUUGGGACCUAUUUGCCGCAACCCUUUCAAUGUCACCAAUGAUGAAACCGGCGAGACAUACUACAAUCUCGAGCUAGCCUGCACCGAUGACAACAUUCCGAUUGAGCAAAACCCAACGGUUACUGCCGUUGUAGAUGUGGCUAGCAACAAGGUUGUUCAGACUUGUGUCCCGGCUGUCGUCGAGGGCGGGGAAACAGCAACCUGCAACACCUGGACCGGGCUUGAAUAUGCGUUCGCUUGCUCUUCUUAA